GUGCUGCAAUCCGCCCCCAGGUCUCUCGCACCCACACACCCAGCAAAAGGCUGUCAUUAACAAUGCGGUCUGAGGAGGAAGAACAGUAGCCAGUGUAAUUCAGACACUGAGUUUAGAUUAGCCUAUAGCCAGAAAAAUAACAAAUAAAACGUAGGCCAAUUUAGGAGCUGCAAAAUAGAAAACUUAUUUCGACUUCACAGGGUCAAAAGGAUAGCCUGAAAUAGCAACGAAAAAAAUCAGGCGUUGUUUAAACGAAACUUUUCACAAGUUUCAUCUCAGGACAGACUACUCGUCAUCUGGUUUUUAUGUCCAUGGAGAGGGAGGGGGAGCAAGUGACAGUUUCGUUGAGGGAGAUAGCAAGCUAACAAGUUAGGAUUCCGAAACACGGAGAAAACCUGAAAAGGGAGAUUACUUAACACGGAAAGGGGAAAAGAGUGGUACAGCCCUCUUCGCUUUCUCUCAGAUUUCUGCAGCUUCAACGGAGCGACAAAGCGUGUGUAGACGAAAGCGGGGCUGCACGCUAGCGCGGCAAAAGUGGGUUGGUAAUUUUGUCAUUGAAGAUUCAUUGCCCGCAGAUCUCCCCUGACACCUCCAGACCUGUCGGUUUCGGACGAGUCAGCCAUGUCGCUGCCACGCACGCUGGGGGAGCUGCAGCUUUACCGCGUGCUGCAGCGCGCCAACCUUCUGGCCUACUACGACACCUUCAUCCAGCAGGGCGGCGACGACGUGCAGCAGCUGUGCGAGGCCGGCGAGGAGGAGUUCCUGGAGAUCAUGGCGCUGGUGGGCAUGGCGACCAAGCCGCUGCACGUACGGCGGCUGCAGAAGGCCCUGCGCGACUGGGCCGCCAACCCCGCCCUCUUCAACCAGCCGCUAGCCAGCGUGCCGCUCAACAGCAUCCCGCUGUUCAAGAUCGACGCGUCCAGCGGAGCGACGGGGGCGGGGUCCAGGAAGUCUCUCAGCAACGGGCAGCCGGGGUCCCCCUGCGAGAGGGAGGAGCGGGCCUCCCUCACCCCCCUGCGGAGUGCCAGCCCCAAAAGCCCAUGCUCCCAGGCCUCCCCGCAACCCCCCGACCCCUUCUACCGGGACAAGCUCUCCCCCAUGGACCCGCACUGGAUGAGCCCGGAUCCAGACCGGACCGGCGCCGGAGGGUCGGGGGCUGACGAGGACCAGCCCAGCCCCCCGCUCCCUCCCCCGACCCCCUCCCCUUCCGCGUCCUCGUCCAUGCCCGCGUCGGCCUGGCCCAUUGGCCGGCUAGACAGUGACACGGCCAGGGCGGUGAGCGAGAGUGUGGGGCGCCUGUUGCGCACGGUGCCCCGGGCCGACCUGGGGGAGGUGAGGGCCCUGCUGAAGCUCAACAAGAAGCUGGCCAAGACAGUCGGACACAUCUACAAGCUGGACCCCCAGGACCCGACCAAAGAGGAGGAGAUCCGCAAGUACAGCCUCAUCUACGGACGCUUCGACUCCAAGAGGAGGGAGGGGAAGCAACUCACACACCACGAGAUGAUAAUCAAUGAGGCGGCGGCCCAGUUCUGUAUCCGGGACAAUGCCCUGCUGUUGAGGCGGGUUGAGCUGUUCUCGUUGGCCAGACAGGUUGCCCGGGAGUGCGCCUACACCUCCACGCUCAAGAACGCCAGAGCGAACACAGAUGACAGCACUGUGCCACCACAGAAAAGAAUCAAACAAGAGGUAAUUGCGUCAGAGUGUGUUUCCUCGUCCCAUGACAUUGCGGAAGGGUUGGCCGCGGGGUCCGAGGGAGGCCCUCCGGAGAGGUCAGGGGGGGACGAAGACAGCCUGUCUGGAGAGAGCCUGGAUGGCUUGACUCAAGGUGUAGGUUCACAGUCCAGCCAUUCUUCCUCCCCAUGUCCCACUACUGAGGCCUCUGCCCCGCCCACCUGGAGUCGUAACCUCAUGCAGCAGACGCUAAUGGAUGAAGGGCUGCGAUUGGCUAGGCUGGUGUCACAUGACCACAUGGGCAAGCCCAGUCCAAGAGCUCAGUCUGCAGGUUACUACGUGGAAACAAGGUGCAAGUAAAAUUUCAAUUUAAAGAGAAUGAAGAGAAGACUUCAGCCAGGCCCCGAAGACGAAGCAGCUCGUGCAGCACCAAAGACGAUUCGGAUAACAGUGGAAAAUAAAAGCCAUCCUGUCACAAGACGUUUGUCUAAGCCCUUACACCCCUCACAUCCCUCCCCCAUCACCUUUAACGUUCCACCCCAUGUGCAGCGUACUUUCCCCCAAUACCCCCUAACAUAUUUACCCCUUUUACCCCUCACAUCCUACCCCAUCCGCAACAUAUUUACCCCUUUUACCCCUCGCAUCUCACCCCAUCAGCAGCAUACUUAACCCUAAUACCCCUCACAUACCCUCCCCUCAAUAAGCCCCCAUCCAGCAAUAACAUGUCAACUCUUCCCGCCAAAACCCAUAAACGAACCCAUAACAGACAGGCAGUAUCACUGAUCAGGGUGUGUGAGUCUGCCUCAGUGGAGUUUUACCAGUCAUAAUUCUUUAUCUUUUUAUUUGGUGCUAUUUAUUUGUCUGUGUUUAGUGUCUAAUGUGGAAUGUAAUUUCUCUGUGGGGCUCUGGAGGAAACUGUAAUGAAAAUUAAAGAGAGGGGGGGUAAGUGAUAAAAUAAUCCAGGGAAACGACUACACCUGCGUGCUCAGAUCUCUAUGGGUACAGAGAAAGAAGUCACUCAGUAGUUUCGACAGCAAUGUACUGGGAUUGGACCUGAAUUCAGGACAUUUGUAUUUUUUACUGUUUGUUUUUUUGUCGUACUGAUGUAGAAAUUAUGCAACUGAUUUAGAGUCUGACCUGUGGUAGUUGUAGCCCUGUGGGCUAGUCUAGGCCUUUUUACUCAGUUUGUCUGUGGGUGGACUGAAUGUCUGACUGCAUUCCAUUGAAUCUUCAGGCCUGAGCCUUCAGCUGCUGAGUCGUGUAUUCUCGCUUCUGUAUCGCAUCUCUUUGGUUAAGACCACCAAGGACAGAAAAGUUGGAAUUCUCAUUGAUAUUUUUGUUGUUGUCGAGAAUUUCACUUUGACCUCCUGGCCAUCAGAUUGAAAUAAUUUGCGAUGAAAAUGUCUCAAUGUAAUUUGGAGGAGAGGCCCUGUAAGAGCAUUUCGUCCACAGAAUAAUGACUACACGUAACAGCGUGCCUACUUUUCCACUUAGCUGGUGAGCUACCAAAAUCUCAAAAGCCAUAGGAAGCGUUUCCGUGGUCUAUCUAAUAACUAAAGCUAAUGCUUACUUGUAAUGAUGCGGAGAUAUAGGUACAGUUCAAAUCCUAUCAUAUCCGAGGACAGCAGGGGUGGCCAGUGACUAAAAGAGGAAAGAGGGAGGGGGAGGGGGAGGUAAUAAGGGUGGCUGGCACAGCGGCCCGUGCAUGUCAGAGCAGCCCCAUACCCUUCUCAGGUUCUCGUUUUUGUUUCGUGUGUCUUUUUUUAACACUACGCCAAUUGGUUUGUUUUUACAGUCCGAGUGUAGCCUGUCGUAGGCUUGUUCUGAUGGAAUCGCGCCUCGAAGGGCGCAUUAAUGUUACGUUUAAUGUUUUUAUGCUGAUGCUCUAUGUGCAUGCUGUAAUUCUUUCACCGUUAACCUUUGAGAUGCAUUUUUUGCGACGCUUUGAGAUAACUUUACACAGGAACAGUUAAUGCUUCUCCAAAUACCUCUUAAAUAUAGUACGGAAGUGUGACUGAGAAUAUACAAACGAUGUGUUUAGGACGAAGUCAGUGGUAAUACCUUGUCCUGCACAGACAUGAAAACAAUCGAAGAUAAGAAAUGGCUGAUACAUCUGUACCACAGCGCCACACUGUGGCCAAGACUUGUAAUCCCAUGUCCAUGUCUAGACCUAGUUCUUUCUUGCUCGCAAGUUUUAGAUGACUUCUUGAUUUUCUGUUGUACAGUAGAUUAUUUAUUUUGUUAAUUUUUAAUUUUCAAUAAAGGUUUAUUUUAUUGUUUA